UAUAAGACCACCACCCCUGGUAUCCUGGGCACCCGGACUCUUCCAGUAUCCUGCCCGUUCUGCACAUCUCCCAACGCCCGCACCUGCGCCCGCACCCUCUCCGCCAAUCACUGCUCCGCUCCUGCUCCGUCCUGCACCCUCUCCACCAAUCACCGCCACGCUCCAGGCCCGCUCCACUCCCGCUUCUUCUCCUUCCCGCACCCGCCCAGCUCCGCCCCGGUUGGCUUCACCGCCGGAAACGAUUCUUUAAACGUAUUUUCUCGGGUUUUCCAUGUGUUUUAGGUGUUUUCAUGACUUCAAGUGUAGGAGGAAGUGGAGGAGAAGGGUGUGGAAGGGAGAGGUGGAGUGUGAGAGUGAGAGCGGGGGAGGUGGAGCCACUCGCCAAACGUGCCAAAAAACCCAUCUCGCAUUCAAGCACACACAUCACCAUGGCCGAGGGGGAGACGGAUGAGCAGGAGACCCUCAUUCGCGCCGACGACCUGCAGGAGCUGAGCGUCGGGGGUGGUGGUGGGGUGGCGGGGGCGGGGGAGGAGGGGGUGCCGCCACCAUGAUGCCGCCCCUCCCCUCCCUCCUGCAGCAGCCCCCCGCCUGGCACCUGCCCCUCCACUGUGCUGCGCUGGUGCUGGUCUCUGCUGCGUUGGUCAUCAUGCUGCCUGUGUAUCUUGAGUCCAUCAACGGUGCUGGUGAUGCAUACUCUGGCCUGCUGUUCCUGUCGCUGUUCACCGCUGCCCCCAUUGUGCUGUGUGUUCAGGUGCGCUACAGCUACUUCUGCCAGGUGGGGAGGCUCGGCCCGCCCUCCCCCGCCAGAGUGGUGCGCCUGGGGGCCAUCCACGGCCUGGCCACCCUCAUGACGGUGUAUGCAUUGGAUCGGCGGCGGGUGGUGUGUCAUGCCCAGGAGCCACUCAUGGGCCUGGUAGUGAUGUACAUGAUCAUCAUCUAUUUCUUCUACCGUGGACCAGAGCUGAGUUCCGCCAAGAUGUUCUCGCUGUGUGGUGUCCUCAGCGGUCUCUUCCUGGCUGUGGACUUCCAGCUCAACAACAAGUUCCGUUGUCGUGGGUCGGACCAGAGUGGGGAUGAACCGGCAGAGGAGGGGCCCAAGUGGGGGAUGGAGGCACACUCAUUGUGGACCAUUGUGUAUGCUGUGGCCCUCUUCCUCUUCACCCUGGCCUGGCUCUUGCUGGAGAGGGAAGUGCUGUCAAAGAAGGGCAUGGACACAGGAAGGCGCCUCAUCACCACUGUGUCAGGGGCGCCAGGGGGAGGUGGAGAGGACACAGAGGCUCUGGUGGUGGUGGCCAAUGGAGGAGGGGGAGGGGUGCUGGCCCUCCCCACAGUGGUGCCUAAUGCAAAAUGGGAGCUGUACAUGGUGUGGUUCUCCCUCGCCUCCCUCGUGGCCACUGUCGCUCUCCUCUGGACGGACUUCUUCACCACUCUGGGCAAGGCUGGUUCCCCUUCAGAGUUUGCCCGCCUGACUGCUGGGGGGUGGAGGUGUCACUUCCACUGGGGGGGUGAAUGUGGCCCCACAGCGCUGUAUGGGUGGCUGAUGGCGUUCCUGCAUGUGAUCUUCCUGUGGCUGCUGGGGAAGGUUAUGGCCACAGCACAGUCCAUGGUGUUUGCUCUGGCCACCACCGCUCUCGCCCUACCCAUACAGGCAGCGUGGUGGUCCCUCUUCACCAUGGGAGGACCUCUCGGCAUAGUGUGGCAUCCUGUGAUCACCGGGGAGCUCAUCUUUAGCCUGCUGGGGACGCCCGUCAUGGUGGCCUGUCUCUGCUUCUGGUGCCACGUGGAUGCCAAGAACUCCCACCGCACCAACAGCCUGCUCCUCACCUAGGCCUGAUGGGGGGGUGGGAUAGAGUGCCAGGUCUGCUGCUUUGGUGGGGGGGAGGAAGUAGUGUAUGUGUGGCUUACGUUUGUGUGUCUGAGAGAUUGUCUUACCAUGCUUGACUCGUGAUUGGUAACUAUUUCCUCCCAGUGAGAAGUUUGAGUGCUCAUAUACCUAGUCUGAUCUCUGGGCAUGGUGGAGAGGUGGAGACUCAUUCAAGAACAGUAAUUACUUGUGACUAUUUGGCAUUCAGUGAGAGAGAGAACAGUGGAGACAUGAGUGUAUGACUUGAAUAUCAUCCUAGUAGUGGCAAGAGAUAGGAAAGAAUGGAAUCACUGAGUUAAUGAGAGCCUUAGGACAUGUUUUAUUGCCUGUGUGUGUGUGUGUGUGUGUGUGUGUGUGUGUGUGUGUGUGUGUGUGUGUGUGUGUGUGUGUGUGUGUGUGUGUGUGUGUGUGUGUGACUGAGAGAAAGAGAGAGGGAGAGAGCUAGCUAUACAUGUUUUAGACUACUUAGUGAGGUUUGUGAGGCAUUCAGAGUAGCAAUGAGGAUCUUUGGGCAAUGACGAGGAAUGGAAUGGAUGAAGGAGUGUCUGUAGUGCCAACCAUUACCCUGCUUUACUUUGAGUUCCCCGACAUUAUUCUCAGCAAUGUAGGGACCAGCAUUCAUCCCGAGGCAAAAUAGAGAAGAUGAAGACAUGAUGAUAGGCCAGCUGAGUAGUGAGUUUGGUCUCUACAAGGUAGUAGAGUGUGGAAUUGAGGGUCAGUCGCCUGCCAAUAUAGGGUGUUCUAGUAGGACUGGAAGAUUGAUAGCACCCUUUUUAAUACCAAAAAAGAUAGAAAUAUGCGAUAGAACUCCUCAGCUGCUUCUGUGUUUCCUCUUUUCCAUGAUUUAGAGGGAGCUUACAAAACACUUCAUCUUUUCAAUUAUGGAUUAUCUUUUUCAACUUUCUUUAAUCUACUGAACUGAAAUGAUGUUCCCUGCAUAUUCAUAGAUUCUCUAAACAAAAGAAACCAUAUUACCCACAAAUUAAAACCACUACUCAGUCAGUCAUGAAACAAACUAUUUUAAUACUCCAAAGUUACACUCAGGUAGACAGUCAACCAGCUAGUCAUUCCAGUCCAUCAGGUAAUCAGUCAUUCAGUCACUAAUUACUCUGACUUAGUGCUAGGUGACUGGUGACUGUGCAUUUGUUAACACGGCACAGUCAGGAAGCCAGUUAGUCAGUCAGUCAGUUAGUUACUAGUCUCAGGAGCCAAAGAGAAGCAUCACUGUCCCAAACCACACUAAAACCUCUCCAGCCAAGAGAAGAACAUUAUUAUACCAGUUGUGUGUGUGUGUGUGUGGGUGCGUGGGUGCGUGCGUGCGUGUGUGUGUGCUUUGCUGUGUUCAUCUUGCUUUUCUAGUCUAGUCUGCACUUCAUAAACAGCCCAAAGCAGUGUUUAGUUGUGCUAUUAUACAAUCCAUGACUUGAGAUAUAUGUGUGUGUGUGUGUGUGUGUGUGUGUAUGAGCCUCUCUGAAAACCCACACACAUAUAACUGUCUCAUUUGCUGUCAGUCACUAAAGAGGGAGACUAUGAGAAAAAUAGCUAGCCUCUCGCUAAACUAUGAAUCUCAGUUGUGAAUCUCGUAUACAGGACACAUUGGGGGGGGUUGGAAGCAUUAAGUGUGCUGAAAAAAAAAAAAAAAAAAGCAUGGUAAUGGAAGCAACACUAGUAAUAAAUGAGCUGAAAUAAGGAAGGAUAGAACAGAGAACUACACAGAUGAGAAGGUUUAUUAGAGUUGUAUGGAGAGGGAGGGAUAGACAAACAGAUGACUCGAGAGAUAAGGGCUGCUGGAGAGGUAAGGGAUAGACAGACAGUUGACAGAUGACCAGAGACCAGAGGAAAGUACAGGAUGAAUCAGAAUCAGGUUAACACUGGUAUGAGAGGUUAUUAAAAUUGUGAACGUAAUUUUUGACUCAUCCUCUCAUAUUUGUGUUAACAUAAUUUUGACUCACCCUGUAAAUGACUUAGUUGAUAUUUUUGUCCUUGUUAUCAUAGAAACGGGUAAUGGUGAUGAUGUAUAAGAUAGUGAGAAGAGAUGAUGAUGGUGAUAGGGAAGUACAUAAAAGAAGAUGAUAAUGAUAGAGUGACAAGAGGAUGAUGAUAGUAAAGAGGGCGUGAAAAAAAAGAUGAAGAUAAUAGGUAAAUAUGAGAAGAGGAGGAGGAGGAGGUUGAUAAUGCUAGAAGUGAGAGGAGGAGGUGACAAUAACGAUGAGGAAAUGAGACGAUAAUGAUGAAGGAAUUAAGAGAAAAUGGUGACGAUAUUGAAAGAGCAAGAAGAAGACCAUGGUGAUAAUGAAUGAGAGUAAAGGUGGAUAUGUGCCAGGUAAAGAGAUGUGCCAAAUUAAGAUGUUUUUCAGUUUAUUGCUUGCUAGUUGAAAUUCUAUCUGAAAGUCUUAUAGUUUAUUUCCAGUCACUAGUGAAGCUGUAGGUGUUGAAACCUGUCUUCCCCAGUGUGUCUCAAUCAGAAGGUUUAAGGUAAAGUGUCUGCAUCACGUGGAAUAUUUUUUCACCCACUUGCAUCGUCCGUGCCAGAGUUACUUGUAUUCCUAAGCAUUCCAGGAAGGUAGAGUUCACUGAAAAGAUGGUGGAGCCUCUGCCAUCAGCCCCUGUGUGUGUGUGUGUGUGUGUGUGUGUGUGUGUGUGUGUGUGUGUGUGUGUGUGUGUGUGUGUGGCUAUGACAUGUAUUCUCAGCUGUUUGAAUUAUUUACGUAUGUGUGUAUGUAAUCCUAGCUGAGUGUGUGUACAGGAGGCUAUGUGAAGUGUUGUCAGGCUGUCGGUGGGUUUCUCUGAGCAUUGUGUGUUAUAGGUCAUGGCAGCCUCUUCACUGACUAAGGCUGUGAUUAGCAUUAUACAAAAUUUUUGAUUAAUUUUUCAAGGCAGAAAUUUAUCAUUUUUGAAUUUCAAUGACUUCAAAAGCUACAUUUCUUCAACUAUCCUGAUGCUUUGUUAAGUUUUCAUUCAGUUGUUCUCUAUACUAUUAACAAAUAUGUAGUGAUUAUUAAGAAAACUUCACAGUAAAGUGACUAAAAACAAAUAUUUUCAAAAGUACAAAGACCUUUUGUUCGUGAAAAAAAAUAAUAUGAGAGAGACAAACACCUGCUUGGUGACAGCAUCAAGUCUCUCAGCUGGUGAGGCA